UUUACCAUUUUUUUCCACUGCACACAUUAUAGCAUACACACGUGGCGGCUGGCUGCAUGAAAAUGAUCGACCCCUGCGGGAUCGCUUCUCCCAUGCGUGACAAAGUUCGAUUUUACGCAACUUAAACUUGACGUUUGGACAGUCUACCAGUCUUCUCAUUUGUGAUCAACGGGACUAGGUCUUCCUAGUCAUUAGAUUGUUGAUGAUUGAAAGAUGGCUUCAGCAGCGGCAGCAGCAUCUAAAGUCAUCAUUGAUGGCAGCAUCAUGGAAGGAGGUGGACAGAUUUUACGCAUUGCUUCAGCUUUGAGCUGCCUGACCUGUCAACCAAUCACUGUGCAGAAGAUCAGAGCUGGGCGGAGCAAUCCAGGACUGAGACCGCAGCAUCUGAGUGGGCUUCAACUUGUUCGUGAUAUCUGCUGGGGUGAGCUGCCAGGAGGAUCAGUUGGAUCAACAGAGAUCACUCUGAUUCCCUCGGCCAUCAAAGCAGGCAGAUAUGUUGCCGACACAAAAACUGCAGGGAGUGUAGUCUUACUGAUGCAGGUAUCUAUGCCUUGUAUGCUGUUUGCUGCUGGGCCCACCCAAGUCUCACUCAAAGGGGGAACAAACGCUGACAUGGCCCCGCAAAUAGACUACACAACUCUAGUUUUCCAGCCAAUGGCUGAAAGAUUUGGUGUCCAGUUUGAAUGUGACGUGAAAAGAAGGGGCUAUUACCCCAAGGGAGGUGGUGAGAUACAGGUGCGUACCACCCCUAUCCCAUGUCUUCAACCUGUUGACAUCACUGAUGUAGGCCGAGUCACCAAGGUUGAAGGCCGGGCAUUUGUAGCAGGAGUCUUGCCUGUCAAGAUUGCUAAAAGUAUGGCUGAAACAGCAACUAUGAUGAUACAGAGACAAUUUCCUCGUAUUCCUGUUCAUGUUGAAGUUGUACAGGAGACAUCCGCAGUAGGCAAUGGAUGUGGUAUCAUAGUGGUUGCUGAUACAAGCACAGGCUGCAAACUGGCUGGAUCGAGUUUGGGAAAGAAAGGUGUGCCAGCGGAGCAGGUUGGCAAAGAUGCUGCUGAGAUGCUGUUGAAGAACCUUGAUGAUGGAGGAUGUGUGGAUGAGUACUUACAGGACCAGGUGAGGAGGCAUCAGGAAUUCAGCAUUCUAUUUAGAUUCUUUGUAGAAUUUCACAGCCUCUGCACAUGCUUUUCAAAAGAGGCAUUCCUGAAGUUGCAAGUUCCUGUUCUGUCCAAUCCCUCAAAUUCACACAAAACUGAGAUGCCAAUUCCAUUUGUACUAAAUUCCACACUUGGUGACUUCCUCAAAAUGACACAAUGA